AUGUUCCGAUUACUUCUGAUCGUCUUUUCUGUCUUGAAGGUUUCCGCUACAUUAAGAGUAGGCCUGCUGAGCAGUGGCGACGAGGAGAAAUCAUUGCUGACUGAGUGCAUCAAAAAUACCUCUCUCAAGAUCAUAACUAUUCCUGCAUGUCACAGUUUCAAUGGUGUUGAUAAUCUUAUCAGAUUACACUUCACCAAUCGAGCUGAUGCUUUCAUAGGAGCUCCUUGUGACAAAGAGUCGGAGACAGUUUCUCGACUGGCAUUUCGGUGGGGUGUACCGUAUAUAUCCACAAGUGUUCGAUCUUCCGAAAGCAGAGAAGCGAACACGAUAGCUAUGGUUCCAGACUUGCAAAGAGGCCUAGCCAGUGCGCUGCUGGCAGUAUUACAUGAAGUUGGUCUUCAAAAGGUGCUCAUCGUCUUCUCGGAAGAAUUCAAACUGGCAGCUGAUUUUCUGACUGCAAAACUGGGACAAAGUGCCAAAACCCUUUAUUUCUCGUAUGAAGCUGAUCUUUUCUGGCCUCAUGACGUUGAAGGUGCACAGAACUUUCAACUCGACACAUUUGCUCCGGCCAUGUUCGUUCGCCCUAUCUUCACAUUCUGA